CUCUCUCUCUCUCUCUCUCCCUCUCUCCCUCUCUCUCUCUCUCUCUCUCUCUGUUCAACAGUCUCUCUCUCACUGAGUCAAAGACAAUUAAUUCUUUGUUUCAGGAGAGAUUCGCAAAACCAAAUUACCACCAAGAUUCUCUCUCUCUCUCUCUCGCGCUUCCUCGAUCGCUCUGCAGCUGGAAUGCGAAGGACGGUCAGUAGAAGUAGCUGAACAAGGAACACGAUACAAUGCCGUCGGAGCCGGCGUACCAGGUCCACCGAGCGGUGAGAUCUGCGGAGGCCUCUGGCGGAGGUAUUCGUGACGCGAGCCCUGACUCCUUGAUCCUCACGCCGGAAUCCAAUCUCAGCCUCUUCUCCUCCGCCUCCGCCUCCGUUGAUCGCUGCUCUUUUGCCUCCGAUUCUCAUGACCGCGACUCUCUCGUCUCCGAUUUCUCCAUGGAUCGAGAUCACAGGGGCAUUUCGAGCUGUACAGAUUUAGAUCCAAACAAGCUUUCAACAGGGAGAAGGCACAGUCGGAACUCUAGAAAGGCAGACAAAGUGAAAGUGCAGAAAGAAGAUAACGAGGUCAUAGAAGAGGAGAGCCAGCACUUGGAUUCAGCAAGGAGCUCCUUCUCUUUAGCCCUUAAAGAAUGUCAGGCUAGGAGAUCCAGACCCGGAGCUCUGGUGAAGAGGCUUGAUAGGCAAAAAUCUCCUUCUCUGGAUCUCAAUAAUGUCACCUCUUCCUCCCCACGACUGGUAACUGUAAAGAGAAACUCGGUUUUGACAAAGAAAUCCAGUGCAUUUCCUAGCCCAGGAACUCCGACAUAUCUGCACGGUAGCAUUGCAAUGCCAAAGGGUUGGAGCUCAGAACGAGUACCCUCACGCUCAAAUGGGGAAAGAAGCCAAGCCAAUACUGCAUUCAUGCCUUUAUACAGUGGCAAAACGCUACCUUCGAAAUGGGAAGAUGCGGAGAGAUGGAUAUUUAGUCCUGUUGCUCGGGAUGGAGUCGUUAGAAAUUCAUUUGCGGUGUCACAUGAAAGGCGACCUAAAUCAAAGAGUGGCCCGUUAGGGCCUCCAGGACUUGCUUAUUAUUCAUUGUAUUCUCCUGCUCUUCCAAUGGGGGGCAGUUUCAUGGUGGGCUCUCCAUUUUCGGCUCGGGCGGUCGCUGCAGAUGGACAAUCUGGUGGCUCUGGUGUAGCCUUUCCUUCAACAAUAGAUCCAUGUAUAGCUAGAUCAAUUAGUAUUAAUGGCUGCUCUGAGACUCUCGCACCCACUCUGUUUCCAUUCCAAGAUGACAUCCUUGACAAUAUUAAGGAUGAUGCCACCAAUCCUCAUGCUGCAUCAAGAAGGGAUAUGGCAACCCAGAUGAGCCCGGAGGGAAGCGUCCACUUAUCCCCUGAGAGAAGAUCUUCGUUCUCUCCUACCUCUCCACCGGAACUACCUAUUAUGGAAAUACUGAACAGUCAUUCCACGAGGUCAGAAAAAGAUGUGCAGGUUGAUGGAAAAGUCAUUGUGACUCGUUGGUCAAGGAAGCGCAGAGCUCUGCACAAUGGAAAGAGCACAGGAAUGCGGGAAAACUUGAGUGAAAAUGCCAUUGAUACUCACGGUUUGACAUGGGCCAAAAGAGAGGAAGCUAGAAUCAGUGCAUGGGAAAAUUUACAAAAAGCCAAAGCUGAGGCAGCAAUAAGAAAACUGGAGAUGAAGUUGGAAAAAAAAAGAACAUCGUCGACGGAAAAGAUCAUGAAAAAGCUGAGAUCGGCUCAAAAGAGAGCCCAGGGUAUGCGGAACUCGAUAUUAACAAAUCAUGGUCAACAAUGUCCAAGUACAACAUCCCGCAAGGUCGUGUCUUUCAGAAGAAGAACUCGGAAGAUUGUUUCCAUUACUGCUUGCUUUACCUGCUCUGCACUAUAAUGCUUCUUUCUUCAAGCCUCUACGGUUAAGUACAUGACCCCCUGCGGUGUGCAAUACAAGCAGCAGGAGACGGCGAUGAGGUGUGGAUGCGAUCUUUCGUAAAAAAGAAUAAAAGAAAAAAGAAAAAUCGCUCCUACCACGAUCAAGCUCUCGAAUCCUGUAAUCCCCCGGGGAUCAAUCCACCCCUUUCAAUCCUUUUUUCCCCGGGUAAUCAGACUCAUUGAUUCUCCUGGCGUUAGAGGUGAUUUGAUCCUUGGACAGCUGAGAGAGCGCGUGCCCAAGGCUCAACCGAGCCGUUUAUCCCGGUGGUAGCAGUAGUCGAGACUCGAGUUUUACACAUUUUCCAUAUGCUUCAUCUGUAGUGUAACGUUCGUUUUUCUUUUUCAGCUUUGGUUGUUCAUUUGAACUCAUAAUCAAAAUGUUCACGUUACUAUA